AUGUCGGCGGCGGGCAAGAAUGUCCUCAUCGUCGGCCCAGGCUUCAUCGGCUGGAACGUCCUCGACCACCUGGUUCGAGAAGGCUACAAUGUGACUGGAUUGGUCCGACGCGCGUCCCAUGGGCAACAGAUCCAGUUCUGCGGAGCGAAAGCCGUGGUGGGAGACCUGAACGACACCACCGUCAUCAAAACCCAGGCCCUUCAGAACGAUAUCAUCUUCCACACGGCAACCGCCGACCACAAGCCCAGCGCCGAGGCCGUCUGCCAGGCCGUGGCGGAGCGUGCAGAGCAGGGGAAGUCCACCAUAUACAUCCACACGUCCGGCACUAGUGUCUUGGACGACAACGCGCGUGGCGAGUUCAAGGGCGACAAGGUCUACCACGACAACAACCGCGCCGAAAUAGAUUCUGUCCCGGACGACGCGCCGCACCGUCAGAUCGACCUGACCAUCCUGAAAUACCAGAAAGACAUCGGCGACAAGGCCAAGAUCGCCAUCAUGAUUCCACCGUUGAUCUACGGGUAUAACCCGCAGCACCGACGAUUGACGAUCCAGAUCCCGACCCUCACCCGGUUCGCCAUAAAGCACGGUUUUGCGGGACACCUGGGGAAAGGUUUGGCGGUCGAAUCACAAAUUCACGUGCUUGACCUGGCGCAGGCGUAUGUGACCUUGCUGCAUCACAUGGAACAUGCACCGGCCCAGGAGUUUCUUGACAACCCGUACUUUUUCUGCGAAAAUGGUCGGGAGGCUUCAUGGCGUGAAGUCGCAGAGAUGAUCGGCGAGGGCCUCCACAAGGCUGGCAAAAUCAAGGAUCCAACGCCAAAGACCAUUCCGGAGGACAUGUGGGGUGACCUCUUCGGGGAGUAUUCCGCUGCAGUUGUCGGGCUGAAUAGUCGGAGUCGAGCGAUCAGGUUGAGGGAGCUCGGAUGGGAACCCACACAGAGGAGUAUGGAGGACAGUUUCCAAAUGUUCGAGUUGGCCGAGAUAUUGAAGGAAGAAGGGGCCGACUUCCAUGGAUAUACUGGAACAGCCGCCUCAUAG